AUGUUUGACGGCUAUGAUAGCUGCAGUGAGGACACGAGCAGCAGCUCCAGCUCUGAGGAGAGUGAAGAGGAGGCUGCUCCAUUACCUUCUAGUCUCCCGAUCAUCAAAAACAAUGGCCAAGUGUACACGUACCCAGAUGGUAAAUCCGGCAUGGCUACCUGUGAAAUGUGUGGAAUGGUUGGUGUGCGAGAUGCUUUUUACUCUAAAACAAAGCGUUUCUGCAGUGUUUCAUGUUCAAGAAGUUACUCAUCAAACUCCAAGAAGGCAAGCAUUUUGGCCAGACUUCAGGUAACGGGUAAGCCUCCAACAAAGAAAGCAAAAGUUCUUCAGAAACAGCCUUUAGUUGCUAAACUAGCUGCAUAUGCUCAGUAUCAAGCUACCUUACAAAACCAAGCCAAGACUAAAUCAGCAGCAGUCUCCACAGAAGGUUUCAACUGGGGUAACUACAUCAAUAGCAAUAGCUUUAUAGCAGCUCCAGUUACCUGCUUUAAACAUGCACCUAUGGGGACCUGCUGGGGUGAUAUCUCAGAAAAUGUGAGAGUAGAAGUUCCCAAUACAGACUGCAGCCUACCUACCAAAGUCUUCUGGAUCGCUGGAAUAGUAAAAUUAGCAGGUUACAAUGCCCUCUUAAGAUAUGAAGGAUUUGAAAAUGACUCUGGUCUGGACUUCUGGUGCAGUAUAUGUGGUUCUGAUAUCCAUCCAGUUGGUUGGUGCGCUGCAAGUGGAAAACCUCUUGUCCCUCCUAGAACUAUUCAGCAUAAGUAUACAAACUGGAAAGCUUUUCUAGUGAAACGACUUACUGGUGCCAAAACUCUUCCUCCCGAUUUCUCACAAAAGGUUUCAGAGAGCAUGCAGUAUCCUUUCAAACCUUGCAUGAGAGUAGAGGUGGUUGACAAGAGGCAUUUGUGUCGAACACGAGUGGCAGUGGUGGAAAGUGUAAUUGGAGGAAGAUUAAGACUAGUAUAUGAAGAGAGUGAAGACAGAACAGAUGACUUCUGGUGCCAUAUGCACAGCCCAUUAAUCCAUCAUAUUGGUUGGUCUCGAAGCAUAGGCCAUCGAUUCAAAAGAUCUGAUAUUACAAAGAAACAGGAUGGACAUUUUGAUACACCACCACAUUUAUUUGCUAAGGUAAAAGAAGUAGACCAGAGUGGGGAAUGGUUCAAGGAAGGAAUGAAAUUGGAAGCUAUAGACCCAUUAAAUCUUUCCACAAUAUGUGUUGCGACCAUUAGAAAGGUGCUGGCUGAUGGAUUCCUGAUGAUUGGGAUCGAUGGCUCAGAAGCAGCAGAUGGAUCUGACUGGUUCUGUUAUCAUGCAACCUCCCCUUCUAUUUUCCCUGUUGGUUUCUGUGAAAUUAACAUGAUUGAACUCACUCCACCCAGAGGUUACACAAAGCUUCCUUUUAAAUGGUUUGACUACCUCAGGGAAACUGGCUCCAUUGCAGCACCAGUAAAACUGUUUAAUAAGGAUGUUCCAAAUCACGGAUUUCGUGUCGGAAUGAAAUUAGAAGCAGUGGAUCUCAUGGAGCCACGAUUAAUAUGUGUAGCCACAGUAACUCGAAUUAUUCAUCGUCUCUUGAGGAUACAUUUUGAUGGAUGGGAAGAAGAAUAUGAUCAGUGGGUAGACUGUGAGUCCCCUGACCUCUAUCCUGUAGGGUGGUGUCAGUUAACUGGAUAUCAACUACAGCCUCCAGCAUCACAGUCAUCAAGAGAAAGCCAGUCAGGUUCAUCAAAACAGAAGAAAAAGACUAAGUCCCAGCAAUACAAAGGACAUAAGAAAAAGAGGAAGAUGCCAGUUGGGAAGAAGCCUGUCAGUUUGUCAAGCCUGCCCAUGACAGGUGGGGUGCGGAGGAGCUUCUCUGGUGACGAAGAGUUGACUCCUCCUCCAUAUCGAACCCUUCCAGCACAGACAGCCCCGGAGGCCUUCCCACCUCCCCGCACUAGCCAAGAGUUCAGUCCCAGCCUCAAAACAGUGACUACAUUGCAGCUGAAAGAGGAGUUGAUAGAUGGAGAGGAUUAUAGUUUCCUCCAAGGAGCAUCUGAUCAGGAAAGCAAUGGCUCUGCCAACUUUUACAUCAAACAGGAGCCUUGAGGUUGCUCAGAAACUGAGGGUGGGAGGGAAAGAAUUUUACACAGGACUGAUUUUAUAAUCAAUCCAGCUGUACAGCGGGGCUAUUCUACUGGGACAUUUUGCUAAACAUAGAAAAUUUCAGUUCCAGAUUUUUCAAGUGGGUAGGGAAACUAUUUUA